CUUAACAGCUUACUCAAAGGCUAACAUCCUGUCAGAAGAUCGUUCUCCAGACAUGAAAUUAAGACCACUUGAGUUCACUAGCGACACUGUUAAUCUUCUAAUAAGAAAAUUUCAUAAUCCCUUGUGAGAAGAAUACUUCACGACCCAACCAGUCUUGUGAUCAUGGUCCACUCACAUCACUCAAACAUAACUGGAAAUAAUUCUUAAUAUUCUCGCGCCACACGAGGCAAGAAAGUAUCAUGCACUGCAUAAUAUUAAAGUGUACUUGUCAUAAAUCACAAAAAUCUUUUAUUUCAAAAUUUUACUGUACAAUACAAAUGCCGCUUUUCAUUUAGUCUUCUGUACACAACGCUGACGAGAGAAUUUAACUUUAAUAAAUUUCCUUGCCUCUACAUCUGCAUCAUGAACAAGACAAAUAUUCAAAAUGUCCCACCAAAAUAUUUAUCUAUUUUUUGCUGAUGUAAGUAAAACCUUAUCUCAUUUAUUGACUUUUCUCCAUUGUUUUAAACACGUCAGUUAGAGGAUUGUCAGGCAUUCCAUGCAUGCAGACAACCAAAAAUAAUAAUUUAAAAAACGAAACUCAAACAAAAUGAAGAUCGUUUAUGUACGUGUGCAACGAUUAUUUUCAAAAGUAAGCAUAUAUUCUGUGGCGAUUUUCUUUAACCCGAAAAUUCUCAGAAGAACCUGAAAGGCUUCGCGAACAGAAAAGUUUUAAUCAUUUGAAUCUGUUUCGUGGUAUCAGGGAAGCGGAAUUCCAAAUGCGUUUGCAGUGAUUACAACCAUAAUUAUAACACAUGAGUCACUUGUAUGAAACAUGCAUCCUAGUAUUAAAUAUUACUGUAAGGUUUGGCAGCAAUGAAACAGAUGUAAACAAUGUCUAAAUUCAAGGGUUUAAUUCUAUGCAAACAUGACUCUAAAUCCGUAGUUUAAGUGUUUGGUGUUUUCCCUGGUCACAAACACAGCAAUAUGUUUGAAUAUGUAACACAGUGUAGCUGGCCAAUGACAAGGAUGCAUGUUGUAUGACGAGGAAGUUGUAUUCUCCUCUUUAACUGAAUGUUUCUGUACACACAACGAGCAAAGAGAAAAUUUUCCACUUGCUAAUGAAGAUGACGAUCGGGAGAGCUGUUUGUGUUUGUGUUGUCGUUUUCCACUUUUCCGUCAACGUUGCUGCAGAACUCACUAUGCCAUCAUGCAUUAAUGGAUGGACUACGGUUGAAGACGACAAAGACACUGUCAUUACAUGUAGUGAUCAGUCCUUGAAUCAAUCGGUUCUUUGGAGAGUGGAGAACAGCACAAGAAAUCAGACCAUUUUCGAAGGGUCGUGUAAUAUUUCUCAAAAGAACUGCACCUUUUCCUCCAACGAUCAACUUUCUUUGACUCUUGACAAUACCUUACAAAGUUCGCUUGUCAUCAAAAAAGCAAACGUUCGGACCCACGGAGGAGCCGUUGUUUCUUGCUCUGACUCAAAGAUUCAUCGCAAGUGCAGCAUCAAUGUUAUUCAUGUUCCCACCCUCACCCAGUGCAAGAUUGAAGUCAAUCCGGGUAACAGGACGGUGACAGGCAGCUGUAACAUUGAUAAGUUCUUCUCGUCUAACAACCUCUCCAGUUGUGCAGUAACUCCACCUAUGGGAAAAACGGAAAUUUACGGUAAACCAGUGGAAGGCCAGAUUUCUCUACAAGACUACACCGACUCAGAAGACAACAAACCUUAUAAACAAGGCAACUGCACCUUUACCACUCACCUUCCUACUGCAAUAGGAAACUAUACAUACUCCAUAGCUGUUCCUCCUAUCCAAGUUGGCAAGACAGUCGGAAAAAUAGAAAUAGAGACCACCUGUACCCUUGUUGAUAAAAACUGUUCGUGGGAAUGUUUAAAGCAGCCCGGGAGCAUCCCUAACUACGUCUGUAACCCGUCAGACAGACUUCGUACUUCAAAUGUCACCAGCACUACCCCUUCAGGUCCUACUUCCUCUUCUCCGGCUCCCCUGGGUUCGUCUUCAUCGGCUCACUACUCCUCGUCUCAACCGGUCUCCUUGAGUUCUUUUACAUCUGUUGCCGUCGUCUCGACAACGACGCACGUGAGCUCAUCUGUAUUGACUCACGUGACUUCACCUUCAUCGACUCACAAGACAUCACCUCCAUCGACUGACGAGACCUCACCUCCAUCGCCUCACGAGACCUCAUCUCCAUCGACUCACGAGACCUCACCUCCAUCGACUCACGAGACCUCACCUCCAUCGACUCGCGUCAGCACAUCUCCAACGACUCACAUGAGCUCACCUACAUCGACUCACAUUAGCUCCUUCUCAUCGACUCGCCUUUCCUCGUCUCCGCUGGUCCCACUUGGCUCACCUACAUCGAAUCCAAGCGAAAAUCGUCAUCCAGCCGUAGGAUCUAUUGUUGCUGGUAUCCUUGUAGCCUUGGUUGUCAUCAUUAUCGUCAUCGUUAUCAUCUACAUCGUGAAACGAAAGCGAAACCAAUCAUGGACACUUCCUAAAUUUCUUGGAAGUCUAAGGGGAGACAAAGUCACUCGCCGGAACAAUAGUUAUCAAUUACAGGUUGAAAACCCUGAUGGACAAAAGGAAAGUUCUGGCGAAAACAGACAAAGUAAUGAAUUCGAAGAUCAAGUCAACACGAUGUACGUUAGCGCUGACAUCUUUGCUGUAGAUGAGCAAGGCAGUCAUCAGGUUUUACCAGUCACGUGACCAAGAAACCCUUUUCCAAAACAUCUCCAUAAAAUGGUUCUUACAG